AUGUUGAGAUACUGGGGAGAGAUCCCAAUAUCAUCCAACCAAGCUAACAGAAGCUCCUUUGAUUUGCUCCCACGGGAGUUCCGUCUGGUGGAAGUCCAGGAUCCACUCCUUCACCAACCCUCUGCCAAUAAGCCACGACCAACCACCAUGCUGGACAUCCCAUCCGAGCCUUGCAGCCUCACCACCCACACAAUCCAACUUAUCCAACACAACCGGCGCCUACGAAGUCUCAUUGCUACAGCCCAGGCCCAGAUGCAGCAACAGGCAGAGGGCAUUAAAACUGAAGAGAGUGAACCACUUCCAUCUUGUCCAGCUUCACCUCCCCUUCCUGAUGACCUGCUUUCGUUGGAUAGCAAGACUGGUAAAAUGCCAUUCCAGCUCAGGCACAGUGACCCAGAGAGUGACUUUUACCGAGGAAAGGGGGAACCUGUGACUGAACUGAGUUGGAGCUCCUGUCGUCAGCUGCUUUACCAGUCAGUAGCCACAAUCCUGGCUCACGCAGGCUUUGAAUGUGCAAAUGAAAGUGUCCUAGAGACUCUAACAGAUGUGGCACAUGAAUAUUGCCUUAAAUUCACCAAGCUACUACGUUUUGCAGUGGACCGGGAGGCCCAGUUGGGACAGACUCCCUUUCCUGAUGUUAUGGAGCAGGUGUUCCAUGAGGUGGGCAUUGGCAGUGUACUGUCUCUGCAGAAGUUCUGGCAGCACCGCAUCAAGGACUAUCACAGUUAUAUGUUACAGGUUAGCAAGCAGCUCUCCGAGGAGUAUGAGAAGAUUGUAAAUCCUGAGAAGGCCACAGAAGAUGCCAAACCGGUAAAGAUCAAAGAGGAACUUGUCAGUGAUAUCACCUUCCCUGUCAGUGAGGAGUUGGAAGGAGACCUUGCAUCUGGUGACCAAUCUCUGCCAGUAGGAGUUCUUGGAGCUCAAAAUGAAAGGUUCUCUUCCAACCUGGAAGUGGAGGCUUCCCCACAAGCUUCAGGUGCUGAGGUAAAUGCUUCUCCUCUUUGGAAUUUGGCCCCAGUGAAAAUAGAGUCCCAAGAGAGUGAAGAAGGCACUGUCUCUGGGCAUGGCGUACUGGGCAGUGAUGUCUUUGAAGAGCCCAUGUCAGGCAUCAGUGAGGCUGGGAUACCCCAGAGUCCUGAUGGCUCAGAGAGCAGCUAUGGAUCCCACUCCCCUGACAGCCUCAUGGGAUCCUCCCCUGUAUUCAACCAGCGUUGCAAGAAAAGAAUAAGAAAAAUAUAGGAGGAAAAGGAAGAGCUUUUAUUCCAAACCAAUAAGGUGCCAAUCAUGAGCAGUGAAUGGAGAUAGAGGAGUCCAGAGGAUGUUCCCAGGAUCUCCAGAAAUGGGUUUGGCCAAAAGUGUUUUUUCCCCUCUGUGGAGGCUUUCAGCACAGUUUUGCAUGCACAAAAACUAAACAGAAACAGAGGUGGUAAUCAUGAGACCCGAGUUCUGUUUUGGCUUUAAUACUGACUUUGGGAUGGGAACAAGUUACUGAACUCUGAAUCUGGUUCUUCUUUUCUGCCAUGAAAAACACACACAUGUUGGCUGCAACCUGUCUCCCUGAGAGAGUUUUGGAGAUAGUUAUGGUGAUUAACCAGAUAUCUGUUAAGGCUAUUACUUAAUAGCUAUGUUUAGACUUGGACCCUCUACAUAUACAGGGAUUUUGUACAUAUGUAUUUUAUUUCGUUUCCUUUAUUAACAAGUGGAAGUCACUGAAUCAAAUAUUGGUACCUAACAGCAAAUAGCCAACACAAAUAAAUGGCUUCUCCCACCAGUAAAUAUCA